CCUUAUGCAAGGUGAGUCACUUGGUACAUGCCACUGCAGACCUAGUUCAUGUAUCACACAAAACGGCGCCUCAAAAGACGGCCGCACGCUCGAAUGCACCCAAAGCACGCGCAGCACCUCGCCUGAUCCCCGUCGGUCUCUCCAGCUGCAGCAGCAGCAGCCUCGUGGUGAUCGUCUUCGGUCAGAAACACCCAACCUGACACACAAGCCAUGACAGAAACGGCUUGACAGAGAAGGAGACAGAAAGGAGACACAAAGAGAGUGUCAAGUUGCUUCCCACCUGCGGCAGCUGGAGUGCUGUGUGUCUCUCGCCCUCUCCCCCCUCCCAAGCCCUCCUCCCUUGAUGUUGUUGUCAGCGCCCGUGGCCGCACGUCUCGAGGUCGGGGCGGCACGUGCUGAAUAAAGGCAUGCUCCAGCGCCUCAUCGGCAGAUAUGCGCCUCUUGGGGUCUGAAGGAGAGGAGCAAACAAAGGACGCUGUGCGUUUCAUCUGUUUUGAUGAUCUUUCUAACCUGUAACCAGCAAGUUCUGCACAAGGUCAACGAACUCUAGUGGUGUCUUCUGCUCCAGCCGCUUGAACGUGCACAUGCGCUUCUCAAUGACCCGGCGCAGCACCUCCUCGUUUCCGCCUGCAUUCAACAAAGGAGUAAGAGACGUCGUGCUUUCGACUGCCGACACACCUUUAACCGGGAGCAGGCCGUCGCCCAUCUUGAGCACGACACCUACACCCAUGAUUGCAUGCAGCAGUCUUGUAGCCUGCAUGGACUAGUAUUGCCAUUCACCGAGGCUCCACAUGUCGGGCUUUUUGCCAUAGUCGUUCCUCCACACCUCGGGCGGCUGGUACCGGGCGACACCAAAGCUGCACGAGAGAAAAAAAGAGGAUGCAGGAGUGAGCACAGCGAAGAUGCCUAUUACACUUCGUCGCUAUGGAUUCCAGAGUCCUCGCAUUCGGUCUCCAUGGCAAUGCCGAAGUCCGACAAAACGAUACGGCCGUCUUACGCGACGAAAAAAUUGUCGACUUUGAUGUCUCUGACGUAUAGAGACAUUGAUAAAAGAACGAUUGGAGCAGACAUAGCCACCUGGCUUACCGGUGGACGAUGUCGUUCCUGUGCAAGUGGUACACCGCGUGCACCAUGUCGGCCGUCAUCUCCGCCAACUCCUCCUCAGACACUUUCGAGGCGUCAAACUCGCUCAAGUCCGCAACAUAUCGGUCCAUCACUGAAUAGAACAAGUCAGAACGACAAAACAACGACUGUUUCAAUGUGUCUCCCUCUCUCCACCGAUGAAACACGAUGAGUUGUCCCUGUAGAUGUCGUGGACCUUGACGAUGUUGGGGUGGCCAUUGAUGUCCUUCCUGCGGCGGCCGUACUGAGCGAGGUCUAGCAGCUUGAGCUCCUCGUCGACCUCUUCAGGCGUCAUCGCCGAAACGAUGUGCCGGCGGCCUUUGAGAAACCUGCAUUCAUGCAGAUAGAGCUGGUGGAGUGAAACGGUGUGUGUGCUAAGGGGUAGUGCUUGUUAUCUGCUCACUUGAGGCAGCAAUUCGUGUCCCACCUCUCCCUCCUACUCUCGGCGUUCUUGUUGAUCUUGACCACCUUCACAACCUGCAAACACAGCCAAGUGCCCACAAACGCACACACAGACAGAGCCAGCCAAUCAGCCAAUCAGCCAGUCAAUAGCCGUGCGCGACGCCAUGUCUGCUUUUGCAUCUCUUCAUUGCCCCCUUACCCUCUCUGUCUUCUCCCCUCGGAUGGGUCCCUCAGCUUGGCCUCGUAGACUCUUGAGAAGCCGCCUUAAGCCGCCUUCGGCCAGCUUCUUGCCCAGCUUGUACUUCUUCAAAAACUCUGACAAUUCAUAUCAGGAUGUGCAUUGGUACGUUCCAUUUUCCCUCCCUCCCUCCCUCCCUCCUGGCCUCCCUUUCUCCCUCCCUUUCUCCCUUCGUCUCAGCCGCUCACCGGCCCGCGCUCGGCCCCUCCCGAUCAGCCGGUCCCAGCACCAGCAACGCCGUCCUCUCUCAACCCCUCCCUUCCCCUCUCUCCCCCUCCCUCCGCCCUCUCCCGCCGCCGCCGCAGCAGCGGCCGAUGUUGGUGUGGUUGUGACAGGGGAUGCUGCCCCUGACGUCGAUGGGGCCACGGUGGCCUGGGCGGCCAGGAGGGGCGACGAUGGCUCCCUCGUGCGGGUGUCUGAAAGAGGAGCAAACAAUGGACUGUGUGACUCGCGUGCACUGCUGGGUGUCUGGCUGUGGUCCGCGAUAAGAUGGAGAUCUAUGGAUACCUUUCGUUGGCUUCAUGUGGGCAAUCGCAACAACCUGAGAGCAUCACAGACAUGGAGAGGAGAUGCGUAUCAACACGAGUACGUUCUCGUGCCCCUCCUUCGCACCGGGCACUUCAGAUCUCCCUUUCUGCGACAAUGUGCGGCUCCUUCGGCGGGCAGACAAGGCGCAAUUCGACACGAAACACUUGAUCUGUCGAAGUCACGGCAGAUCUACAGCAAGAGCCUUUGG